AUGAGUGGCAGCAAGUCAGUGGCGAUAAGUGGUGGUGGCGGAGACUGGUACAGGGCGCCAUUCACGGCGGUUCAGUGGCAGGAGCUGGAGCAUCAAGCUUUAAUAUAUAAGUACUUGGUGGCGGGGGUGCCUGUCCCUUCUGACCUUGUUUUGCCGAUUAGACGGAGCUUGGAGGCUCUAUCUGCUAAGUUGCUCCAUCAUCCUGCCUUGGGAUAUACGAAUUUAAGUUUGUACUACGGGAAAAAGUUUGAUCCUGAACCAGGGAGGUGCCGGAGGACAGAUGGUAAAAAGUGGAGGUGCUCGAAAGAAGCUUUUCACGAAUCAAAAUACUGUGAGCGCCACAUGAACCGUGGUCGUAAUCGUUCAAGAAAGCCUGUGGAAUCUCAAUCAACUGCCAAAGGGGGGAGCUACCAGAAUGUUAUUAGCACUGCAACUGUAUCUGCAACUGCAAAAUCGUUGUAUCCCAUCACCACUAAUUCGGGGACAGGUAGUUAUAAUUUUGGAAUCAAUGGAUCAAAGUUGCAGCUGGAUACUAUUCCGUAUGGGAUCAACACCAAAGAUGUUAGGUAUUCUCAAGAACAAACAGUAACAGUGAAUGUUGAUAAUCAAAAUUACACAUCGAAUUUGUGUGGUGAUAGCGAUGAUUUAGACAAUUCUUGGUCUUGCCAAGUUGUUACAAAUUCUUCCUCCUUGUUGUCAGAGCCACAAAACGAUUCAUACUCCAAUACUUUUGAGCCCAUUCCCAUGUCCAUGAUCGAUGAUGAUGCUAAUAAUUCCAUUUCCAUGUCAUCAUCAUCAUCAUCAUCAAAACAACAAAGUCAACAACAUUUUUGCUUUUUUGGUGGUGAAAUUGACCAACGAACGUGCUUUCAUACAGCUGUUUUUGAUGAUGCCAGCUGUGCAAGAGAUGCUAUGACUAGUGUUGUAUAA